UCCACUUAUUUACAGGCGUAAAAAGAUUUACAAGUUUGGACUCAAAUGGAAAAGGCUCAUAUAUUUGUUGUGGUUUUUGGAGGUUGAAUUGAAGUGUUGAACCGAAGGAAAAUUGCAGAUCUGGUGAUACGACUGGAGGAGGACAUUAUCGGAGAAGCCCACAAUCAUUUUCUUUCUCUAUCCUCCUCUUGGGUUUCUCCAUCUCCGUUGCAUUGUGCCUAAAAGAUUAAAUUCAAAGCCACAUAUCAAGAAGAUUCCAAGAUGGCUUCAAAGCCUUUUACUGUAGAUUUAAACAAGCCUCUUGUUUUUCAGGUUGGCCAUCUUGGAGAAGCUUACAAUGAAUGGGUUCACCAGCCUAUAGUUAGCAAGGAGGGCCCUCGAUUCUUUGGAAAUGAUUUUAUGGAGAUGUUGACCCGCACAGUAUGGUGGGUAAUUCCACUUGUUUGGCUGCCAGUGAUUUCCUGGUUGGUUUCUGUGUCUUUGUCAAGGGGCCUUACUCCCUCUGACGCAGCUUCAUGUUUGGCUGGUGGGGUUUUCAUCUGGACUUUGCUUGAGUACACAUUGCACCGCUUUCUUUUCCACAUGAAAACAAGCAGCUACUGGGGAAACACUCUACACUAUCUACUUCAUGGUUGUCAUCACAAGCAUCCAAUGGAUGGACUCAGACUCGUUUUCCCACCUGCUGCAACAACUAUCUUAAGUGUGCCGCUGUGGAUCGUGAUUAGACUUGCAUCAACUCCAGCGGUAGCUCCUUCUUUGUUCGGAGGUGGGUUGCUGGGAUAUGUAAUGUACGACGUAACUCAUUAUUACCUGCAUCAUGGAAAGCCAUCCUCAGGGUUAUCUCAAAAUUUGAAGAGAUAUCAUUUGAACCAUCACUUCAGAGUUCAAAGCGAGGGAUUUGGUAUCACUUCUCCAUUAUGGGACAGAGCCUUUGGAACAUAUCCUACGACUAAACCCAUUCAGAAAAGCAAAUGAUGAUGUUAUGUUGGUUGCACAAAUAUUGUCAUCACCAGAUUUAUGUAUUGAGUUGGUUCUUUUUUUCUUUUUUUCUUUUUUUCUUUUGUACAUUGAGCAUCAAAUUACGCUUUGACAACCAUUAUAUAUUUUUUGGGUGAUAACUUGCCUUUGCUUGAAUACUCUGUGUUCUUUCUUCCCUCUGGUUAUCAGAUGUAGUAAGCUAUUUUCAUGUACAUUAGCCAUUGCGGUACACUUGAAUGAGGAUUAUGUUUUUAGUUUGCAAA